UCUCUCUCCUGGACUACUCACUAUAGACGAGAAGAGAACACACACCCACACUCACGCCAACAAUGAAACCAAUCUUUGCAUCCCUUUCUAAACCAUCCUUUUCCCUUCCCCCUCUCACUUCCCCCGUCCGUUCUUUUUCUUUUCUUUCCUUCUUCCUUUCUUCCCUCCUCCCUCUCCUCCCAUCACCACUCCAUCAACCGUCUCUCCCUAUCUUCAGACUAUGUCACCUCGCUUGCUCUACUCCUGUCUCCAUCAGCUCCGUCAGACUUUUGCCUCGCCCUGAGUAAGGUCCUGCCGCGCCACUCUACACCGUCUUGGCCCCCGGUUCUUCCAAAUCCUCCGACGUGACCGACACACCACGCUCUCACGAUCGUCUUAUUAAAUCACCAAAUCACUACUCUCCGACUGCGGUUUAACACUGC